AACGAAUUUGAGGGCAGCAGAUUUGCCUGCCAGCAUUUCUGCAAAAGCUUUGCAGUUUGUGGUGCCCAUCACCAUCCAGGCGCCCGUGUCCCGCUCAGGAAAUGGCAGAUCUUGUCCUCUCCUUGCUGCGUCAGAGCUCGAUAAGGGGCUGUUUACAACAAGGACUUGGGUUAGGGACUGCAUUGUUGUGUGGUAGACACGUUGGGCUUUCUGCGACUUCGGCAGUCAUUGCAAUCUCCUUGCAGCAGAGGCGGCCAUACAGUUUCUUUCAGCUUGAUAAGGUAUUCAACUUCAAAAGGUUGCAGGAGGAACGAUUGCGGUUGCAAGAUGAGAUAGAGAGAGGUUACUUUGAGGACUUCAAGGAUCUGAAAAAGAAUCAGGGCAAGUUGGGCCCCGCCAGCAAAGGACUCUUGCCGAUUGCAGGCAGUGCCACCUUUCCCGAGCUGCUCUGCAGAGCAGAGGAUGGCUCCCAAAUCAGGAUUCAAGACGUGUUUGGAAACAAGAACGUCACCCUGGCUUGUGUGGCUUUCCGCCAAAACGCUCAGCCAAUGGUCGACACCUGGAACCUGGCUUUUCAAGAGGAGCUUCGAAAGGAGCCAGCUACGCAACUAGUGGAACUUUCCGUCGUCGAGUCCAUCUUCCUGCGUCCAUUUCAGAACUACCUCGUCAAAUCCAUGAGCGCCAUCCGAAGACGGUCAAACCCCAUGAAAGCGCCCCCAAUCAAAACCGUUGAGCCUGCUUCGCUCUCAAAACCUAUUCCCAGCACUCAGCAAGCCCCUCCGUCAUCCCAAUCAGAGCCACUCACGGCCUCUUCAGAAAGCUCGCCAGUCUCAAGUUCCGCAGAAACCACGCCCUCGCCGCAAAAGCAAGUGCUACUGUACCAUUUCGCCGAGACCUGGGCCAUGCGAAAAGCGCUCAACAUGCCCAACCGGCUGACGGGAUAUGCCCUGCUCGUAGACAGGCACGGGCAGGUUCGAUGGCGGGCGACCGGUUAUGCCACUACGGAUGAGAUCAAGUCUUUGCAGCGGGCUACCCGGCUCUUGGUGUCAGAGUCCGCACAGGCAGCUGCGCUUGCUAAAGAGGGGAGGGGGAGAAGCAAGGCGACGGCGAAUCAAGAACUCGAGGGUGCCUUCGAGAAUGAAGGCUCCCAAUGAACCGAUCAUCUGCGGCACACUUUUCGAGAACAGCAGCCGGGCCCUCGGGUUAUCUCUGAAAACGACAACUCGCAUCGAAAUGAUGGAAGCAAAGCCCGAACGUCCUAGAUACACAUCUGCAACUUCAAGGUGACCUAUUUUCGCAAUAUCUAGAAGCGACUAGUUGGUGACGAUCUGGCCGGAAGUUCCUGUACAAGCACCGUUACAUUUAUUGAAGCUGAGUGAUGCCGUAACUUGGUUGCUGAUCUUGCAAAAGUCAUCACACUUGUUAGUGCAACGUACAAUUGAUACGGACCUAUGCAUCGAGUGUCUACAUGUGACCCGUUGCAGGCCCGUGAUUGUUGAUAACAACUCAAUGAAGAAACCGGACGCAAAUUGGAGUUGGAGUUUUUAAGGACAAACGGUGGAGCGUCUUUUGGAAUCAAGCUAGCUGUCUAUGUCGAUGCAAUCACUGAGGACGUCGG